UAAGGAAAUUUUAUUUAAAUUAUAAUUAUUAAUGAGAGUAAAUAACACAAACAUAACGCUCUGUAUAAUUAAAAGGACCCCAUUAUAAUUGUACAAGAUGAUAAGAUUAAUCUUCCACAUCGUUGGAGCGAUACAAUUUUUCUAUGGGUGCUAUUAUGAUCAUACAUAUGUGAAAAUACCGAGUACUUCUACGACUGUCACCCCAUUUGCUGGCAAGUUGAAAUAUUUAACAUUUCUGAACGCGAUGUUACAAACUGUGUACUUCACUAUUGCUGUAUCAAAUGAUAUUUUUGGUACAAAUGAACCGACGCCAUCACACAAACCAGUGUUGAGACGCAUUAAAGAUACCAUGUUUAGUACCUUAGCAUUUCCUAUGGCUUUGUUUGUUGGUGUUACAUUUUGGGGCAUCUAUGCUGUGAAUAGGGAAUUGAUUCUCCCCAGAGCUUUGGAUCCAUUUUUCCCUAUUUGGUUGAACCAUGUAAUGCAUUCAAAUAUUGUAUUAUUUACUCUUAUUGAACUUGCCACAUCAUUUAGAAUGUAUCCCAGUAAGAAGAAGGGUUUGACUAUACUUUGUACAUUUAUGUUGUCAUAUGCUGUUUGGGUGCACUAUAUUUAUUUCAGAACAGGUAGCUGGGUCUAUCCGAUACUCAAUGCAUUAAAUUGGCCACUUAGAAUAGCUUUCUAUGUGUUCAGUUUAAUCUUCAUAUGUGGCUUUUAUUCUUUGGGUGAGAAUUUAAAUAAACUUGUGUGGUCUAAAGAAGUGGAAUCCACUGUAAAGUCUGGGAAAAAGAAAGCUAAAUAAUGACAUUCACGAGUCUUAUUUUUAAUUUAAAUUUAAAUUAUAAAGGUGCAUACUGCUGCUCAAUAUAAAAAAUCUUAUCUUAUUCAAUAGAUAUCUCAUGCAAAAAGCAAUAAAAAUCAUACAAAUAUUAAAAAAAAUUAAUAUUGCACUUCUGCAAGUAAUCAUAAUCAAUAUAUCUUGGUGUUAUAAGAUGUUAGAUUUAAAAGUUCUGUCUUUGUGCUUAUUUGCUAGCAAUUAAAAAGUUAUAUGGUAAAAUCUAUAGGGACUAUAAAUGUAGUUUACUAUUAGCAAAAUAUGGCACAAGUGAAUCUGAAAGUCAUACUGCUGUGAGAUUUAUAUAAAGUACUUUGUAAUCUCACUUUAUAAAUGGAGAGAUAAAAUGUUUGAUGUGAAGAUUACAUUAAUAUGAAUACACUUUUAUGCAGUAAAAUAUAAAAUACUGUAUAACAAAUAUAUGAUUAUUUCAAAAUAUGUCACUAUGAUUAAGCAUUUUUAUGAUAAUUCUGUUACAAAGGUAUAAUUUCUUUAUCAAGUAAUUACUAUUAUUAUUGUAUAAAAAGUUGAUGUAUUAAUGCAAAACCAUUGUCUUAUUUUUUAUAUUGAAGUUGUUUUUUUAACGUAAAAAAAAUAUAGCAUUUACUUGUUUGUUUAAACUUGAUUUCUGAGAUUUCAAAACAACUCAGUAUUAAUUGCAUUUUUUUUAAAUUGUAUAACAUUGGUGGUUUACUUUUUUCGGUCUGAAUGGUAUUAAAUGAUAAUAAUUGAUAUUUUCUAGUUUAAAUUCAUUCAAUGUUUAAGAUUUUCAUUUGUUAUAUGGUUUU